AUGUCCUCUGGCCUCAACCCGUCCGGCGUUUCUUCAGGAUCCGUCAGCACUACCCUCGAACUCGGCGCUGGGAACGACACGGCGCCACUGUCAACGUUUGCGUCGGCUCCGGAAUUGACCAGCGUGUCGACUUUCACGAGGAAUUCCACGGUCGUUGAAGUAGUGUCCACGCCGAGCCCUGCUACCAUACAGCUGUCUAGGGCAUCCACUACAACCGUUUCAUUAACGUCAACGCUUGUUAGAGCGACCCUAGUCAAGAUAACGACAUCUGGUUCUUCAUCUAGCACUGCUACUUUGACGGCGGUCAAUUCUACAGUCACCAUGGUCUCCUCUUCCUCUGUGUCUACAUCACCCGCGUUGUCGUCUAGUUCGAAGAGCCCGGCAUCAUCGCCCGGGCCAGCGGCUUCGACCGAUUCAGCGUCAGCAGCGCCGUCCACCCCUGCAUCGGCAGCUCCGUUGAGUCAAGCAUCGUCGACUCCGAGCCCUUCCAGCAAAGUUGCAGCAUCUCUUCCUCUUAGCCCUGUACCUUCACCAUCAAGCUCCAGCUCUCAACAUGCCGGUGCUGAAGCACCUGUCUCCAGCGCAUCCGUCAUCGAGACCGCCGCAUCUUCGGGAGCUGGUACGGUCAGCUCUUCUUCAACCGGCGAAAAGUCGGGGCCGCUGUCUGCACCCCCUUCUCCCGCGUCCUCUUCCCCCGCGCCGUCUUCGCCUUCCAUCACCUCUUCGACCGACAACUCAAACGAAUCCUUAUCUUCAGGGUCGUCCACCAUCACUGCAGGCCCUUCACAGGCCAAGUCCGCGUCCGCGCCGAAUGUUAUUGACAUCCCGGGUUCUACCACCAUCAGCACAGUCACGGAAGCGCCUGAGACGACCUUCUCGAGGCCCGUAUCAAUCGCGGUCACUGCAUCCGAUGGAAGGACCGCAUUCUCCGCCCCGCCUCUCGUUACGUCGGUGUUACCUUCCACAAGGACAGAUGGGAUGGUAGUCCAAGUGACCCACGUGAUCGCCAACCCAAACAGUAGCUUGAAUGCUCUAAGCAAGCACUCAUUCUUUGACAACGCGGGCGCAGUCGCUGGUACGUUCGUCGCGGUCGGAGUCGUAGCCACGGCUCUCGCAGCCUUACUGCUGUGCUUAAUCCGUCGCCGUCGUCGCCGUGCACGGCAAGCCCGUCUUGAGUCUAGGCUGCCGCACUUCCCAUUCCGUGAUGAACCAACAACGCCUCAGACGGCGGAGCGCCGGUCGAUUUCAAUCAUACCAAUGAACAUGGAUGACCCCUUCGCUGAGCCGGCACACCCUCGCCCGUCCUUAUUUUUCCGACAGUCUGGCUCUGCAGAGGGACGCUUUGUAGAGUACGACCAACGAGAUCGUGCAUACGAGGGCCCAUUUGCCGAUUACCGCCCAUCAGAACACGGGCACGGUGCAUUUGGUGACCACGACGCCCCUGAAGCUAUUCGCGCGCCUUCGCGCGCCGUGUCCACGCCAUCCAUCUAUCCCCCGUCCCUACCAGACGAUGACAGGGAUCAAGACUCAAUCUACGGGCAAGACGUACACAUCUCGCCGCCUCUCCAAGCGCAUGGUGGGGCGUCUGUAUCAGACUUUAUUCCACUGGAACGCCGGAAUCCGCUACGCCCAUCCACCGCAGACUCCGGUCAGAUGCGCGAUCUCGACGCGCGACACCCACCGUUACUCGCGCGCCCGCCGCCUAUGGUACAGACGUCCAGUUAUGGGUAUGCGUCAUCGUCAACGGAUCACGGUUCCAGCACCGACGGACCCCAAACUCCUCGGUCCGAAAGUGCCACAGCCGCCGGCUCGAUCUACUCGGGGGACGAGAAGGACAGAGUGGGUAUGGUAAACGGAUUACACAGACCUGCUUCACCCCAGUCGGUAUUCUUGCGACGUCAGCUGUCAAAGCCACUCGCCGAGUCAUUCAGCAUACCAGCUGAACUCCGUCGUAUGAGCUUGGUCAACGAAACCCAAGAUUAUGCGCCGGUGGCGCUGUAG